GGGAGCAAAAACGCUUGUCCUCUGUACUCCGUACGAGCUGCCAUUCAGCACAGGGCACGGAAAUUGCGGGCAAAUCAGACAGCAGCACACGAGGGUAGGACUAUGCACACACAAACGCCGCAGUUGGCUUAUACAGAAAGGUGCUCGUGUCGUCGCUUGUAUGCGCUUAAACACUAUACUGGCCCUGUUUCUCUGGCCCCCCGCUCAACGUCCACACAGGCCCCUCUCUUUGCCUCCCGUCUAUCAAUGCUGUGGUUCCUACAGCCACCACCGUUGCGCUCAGAUUGGAAGCUGGAAGAACGGUAGGCCGUUGAGGCGAUGUAGGCACGUCGGCAUAGAAUCAACCUUACAGUAUGGCCGUGCAAUCUAUAAUGUCGUUAACUACUGCUCCGCCUUGCCUCAUUUGAUGACGUUUGGCAGUCUAUCAGCUUGAGAUAUUGCCUGCAGUUGUCUCUAUCUGCCUACCCAC